CGCCGGCGACCUCACCUCGCCGCCCCGUCUGCCGGCGAUUCGAGCGGUGGAGAGAGAGGAGAAGACACGAUGGAUCCAGGUGCUGAGAUUCCCCAAGGCCACGGGGCCGAUCCCAUUACCGGACCGUUGUGUGUGGACGACAGGAGGCUGCGGUGUUCCGUGCCGCAGGCCGGCCCUAUGUCCAAGGUGCUUGACGACGACAACCUCCUAAUCGAGAUCCUUGUCCGUCUCCCGCCGAAGCCAUCCUCGCUGCCCCGCGCAUCCGCUGUAUGCAAGCGCUGGGGCAGCAUCCUCUGUGACUCCGUGUUUCUCAAACUCUUCCGCAAGCACCAUCGGAAACCUCCUCUGCUCGGCUUCUUCAACGGGUUUGCUAACCGCUUUGCUCCCAUCAUGGACUCGCCCGACCGCAUCCGUGCUGCUUGCUUCUCCAUGCCCAAGAGAAGCACACCAUACAAGGACUACGGAGAAUACAUGGGCUGCCGCCACGGUCUCGCUGUUGUAAUCAACAAGCAUGAGCGUACUACCAUCGUGUGGGACCCCCUCACUGGCCAACAACAUACCGUGCCUUUUCCACAAGGGCUCGAUGAUGCCUUUAUGGGGAGUUUAUGUGCCUGGCAUGGCGCGGUAUUGUGCAUUGAUGCUGAAUAUGGGCAUGUCCAUAGAGAUUGCUUCUCGAGCCCGUUUAAAUUGGUUUUGGUCUGCACUGGAUUUUCUAAUACAGACGCAUUUUGUUCUCUCUACGACUCGGCUUCUGGUGUUUGGGGAAAUAUUUUCUCGACGACGAUAACAACUGAAAUUUUUAGGUUAAGGCCCAGCAUCCUAGUCGGGAAUGCGUUUUGCUGGCUGGUUUCUAAUGGUGAAGUCCUUGUGUUUGAUUUCGAAAUUCAGAGCCUUGAUGUGAUUGAGAAGCCGUCAGACAACUAUGUUACCGACGGUUGUUUUCAGCUCUUACGGAUGGAGGAUGGUGGACUUGGCCUCGCUGUUUUGUCGGACUACAUCAUCCAAUUAUGGGAGAGGAAAUCUAACUGUGAUGGUAUUGCCGGAUGGGUGUUGCUGCAGAAAAGCAUUCCGCUGGAGGGAAUAUUUUCAAGGAGAAUGCAUCCUCCUGUCUGUUUCGUCGGGUAUGAUGAGGAGACAAAUGUGAUUGUUUUCGCUACGAUGGUUGGCAACUUCACACUCCAACUUGACUCAAUGCAGCUCAAACAUAUUGUUAAAAGAAAAUUCAUAUGUUGCGAUACCUUUUAUCCCUACACAAAUUUCUAUACUGCAGGCAGGGGAGUUGGGUUGAAAGGGGUGGAUCUGGAACUGUGA